AUGAAGAUGCCGUUGAAGUUUCCGGGGAACUGCAUAAUGAAGUACAUAAGCUUCCCGUGGCUUCUAAUGUUGUGGUGCGAGCAUUGUGAUGCUCAUUUAGACUUAAAGGUUAAAAACUUUGAUUGCUUCAACGAUUAUGAAAAACACAGUUUUUGUUCCUGGGAAGUUGUUUCUACACCAAGAGUUAACUGCAGCGAAGAGUUUCUCCUUACAUAUGUCUGUAGAAAUGAUACUCCCGAAGUUAUUAAAGAAUGCGUCCCGGAAAAUGCACGUCUUGAUGACAGCGCUUUACCGAUUCGGUGUAUCUGCCAUCUUGAGAUUUAUCCUUAUUUAGCAUCUAUUGUGUAUGAUGUUGAACUCAAGUCACACGGGGAACUAAUAGACAACACAGCCUUUCCCCUUAUGCAAAAAGUUAAACCCAAAACCCCUUCCAAUUUAACCAUUGACAUCAGCGAUGCGGAGAAUAUCAUGCUGGCAUGGGAUACCGGAUAUAACGUUUUCCAUUACCUGCAUGACUAUUUGUAUUUCCAGCUGCAGAUUACGUCCAAGGAAAACCAAAAUGUGGUGGAAAACACUAUCCUAAACCAAAAGGAAGCUCGCCAUGAAAUAAACAAGAGGCAAUUCAAACGAGGCCAUCAAUACACAGUAAAAGUCAGAUCGAUGCCACAUAGUGAAUUUUACAACGGCUCCUGGAGUGAAUGGAGCCAAGCGGCUGAGUGGUAUAAUGAUUACAGCCCAUCUGUAGAAGAUCUUAUGAAGAUGAUUAUCCCGGUGGUCACAAUAGUGAUUUUAUUAUUGCUCUUAUCAUACUAUUUUGGUAUUAAACAUUUUAAGAAGAAGUGGUUGGAUGAGACCCCGGACCCUGCAAAAAGUAAACUCUUUGUGAGGAAACAGCACAUGCAACAGAAACUUUUGUUGCAUUCCGAGUGGAAUCAUAACAGGCCAAAGCAAGAGGACAAAAAGCAAAAUGGCUGCGGAAACUGGUUUUAUAAGUUGAUGGCGAAAGUCCCCACAGAGUAUGACCUCUACGUCAGUGACACUUUAUGUCCAGUUCUCCAACCAGAAACUACAACAAUUGAAAAAGAGUUUGAAGUAUAUUCUGUGGAAAAUGAAAAACAUACAGACACGUGUGUCUUAGAGGAGGCCGUUGUCGAGGAGGAUGGUGGACCAGAACAAAUAGACGAGUCUGUAGAGAGCACGUUGCUGAAAAUUGUUGCAGAGAGCGACUUUAUGUUUGAAGAACUGAUGCUGGACAAAGUUGAUAACCAUGAAAGUCCACCUGCAUCUUCAAGCCAGAAUGGUUUCUCUAUUAUCAGGGGACUAUGGCAACUAGAAAACACACAAGUGGACAUUUUUGAAAAUUCCCUUGGAUCUGGUUAUCAUAGUUAUGAAGGUGAUAAUUCCCCAGCGGAGCUACAAAAUAAACCAGGCCAGUUGCAGCUUUGUAAUUUCAAUGAAUUUCCUUGGGGUUGGGACAACUUGCAAUCCAAUGCGCCUAUGGAAAACCUUGAGAACUCAUCACAUGUAUGUCAACCUGUCACACGCAUGGAUUCAGGCUACAGCACUUUUGCCAAUGUUGUGUCUGGUUCAGAAGAUCCGGUAGACCGUGCUAACAGUACUAGCCCUGCAUUGUCUUGGGACGUUGAAAAUUUCCCAGUGAGUUCACUUAUCAACUCAAACCAUCAUCUACAACCACAUGCGGAGUAUUAUAAUAGAAGCUCAUCUCUGCUGUUGCCUAAAGUAAGCCCAUAUAAAAUGUAUAAUCAAAUUACAUUAAAACCAAAUCAAGACCAAUUCUCACAUUCUAACCCAGACGACUGUAAAUAUGAGGAUGAAGUAGAACACGACAUCAACAACACUUAUCCUUCACCCACCCAGGAGUGGCCAGGAUACCAAAGUUUUUCCAAAGUAUUCCAACAGGAGGGACAAUCUGUAGGUUGCCCUGUUCAAUCUAUGGACUGCACCGUGCUAGACUCAGGGUAUAAAUCCUUCAAUUGUCUUCUAAAUGAAAAUAAAACUGAGGUGGGUAAUGAUAACUCUUUGUUUGACGUGGACAUGCCUUUUGGAGAAGCUUUCCAAAAGGAUAUAGAGCCAGCAAACAUCAGUUUUGAUAACUACGAUGAAACCAAUGCAUCAAAUGAACCUUGUUUUGGUUUUCCAAAUGUCCUCUUUUCGGAGGUGUGUAUGGAUGAAAGUAAAAAUCCAUCUUAUACCAUGGACUCAUCUGAGCAGAUGGAAGAUGAUGGAAGCAAAAUAACGGCUAUUAAAAAUAACACUACAAUGAACUCUCAAGAUGAAAAUAUCGGAAAGAUUCCUUACGCGUUAACAUUUGACAUAUGUAACCACUUGUGCAAUUUGGCUAAUUUGUACGGAGAUAAUCUUUCACUGGGUAAACUAAAGUCUAAAGGUUUAGUAGACUUUAACUUGAAUGACAGGACUGGUUGUGUCGUCUCCUACUGUCCAGAUGAGAUUUUUUCGUGCCUAUCCGCAUCCGGAUCAGCAACAAUGGAAGAUGAGCUCUCUUUUAUUCAGUUUCUCAAAGAACCAAAGCAAAGAGGGGUUAAGUUUGAAAACAUGUCCUAUUUUUUCAAUCCUUAUAGGUUAAAGACUUUACUCAGCGACACACGAGAAGACUCAAAUGUGAUGCCCACCAACUUACUUGUGAGCCACAAAGUACUUGAUAAGGACGGCAAUUCGUAUAUGAAAUUAGCACUGUCAAACACUCAGCACCUGGAAAGCAUUUGCACUGCUAACAAAUGUUAGAUGUAACUAUCACAAGCUGUGUAAUAUAUUAAAAGUAAAAGGAUACUA